GGUAUUUGUACAAGCUCGUAUACCAAGAGAGAUUAUCAAUUGCGAUCUAGUGCGCCUUUCCGGAAACAACCCAAGCAUCUAAACUCCCCAGAGCCAAAAGUAUUGGCGCAAAACUAUCUGGGAGAGUAGCUUGCUAGACGGCUACAGAGCUAGCUGCCCGGGCAAUGGAAUUCGGGAUUGAAACGCAGUUUCGGGAUAUGACAUGCAGAAGGUGCAUAUGGCUCGGUUAUUGCUCCUUUUUGAUGUACAGCGAGACGUGCAUAUCGGGAUUGUUUCGGGAUUCCAAGCCCAAGCCCCCAACUUUGUGAAUCCCGUGCAUCUGAUCGCAUAGUAUAAAUACCGAACUGGAAGCCCAAAUAUAAUUAUCAUGACAGAGAAAGAAAUCGUCACUGUGAACCUAACUGAUGCUUCAGAAGAGGAGCUAGUGGCUUUGAUCGCCAAGAUUGCCGACGUUCUGGAGGCCAGAAAAAACACCGGCAGCGCCUCUGAGAAGCAGGCAGAGGAGCGGGAAAAGUCCGAGUGUCGUUCCAAACAGAAACGCAAGCGUUCCAACAAAAAAAAAUCGAGAAAAUUAGCACGGGAGGACAGUCCGUACUGGGGCUACGAGGAGUUUGGUCCUUGGCGCUUUGGCCCUCCUCCUCCACCGCCACCACACCACCACCCGUAUGGCAACAGAGGGUUCGGCAUGUUCAGUCACCACCCUCACCAUCCUCCACCACCGCCACCUCCACUGCCGUUCCACCACCGCGACGUGUACGGCUACGGAUAUGGCGGCCAUUGGAGACGUCCACGUAGCAGGGAUAGGGCGCACUUCAUACGCGAGUGGCACAGUCCGCCACCGUCGCCUGCCGGCUUCUGGCAUCACCGUUAUUCGUCAGAGAGCCCUGACUCCGGGUCGGAGACUGAGGUGUAAAAAAAUACCCGCAAAAACAGGACGGCAGAAUUUGUCUUUAGCGGAGCGAAAUGAGGACGGCCGUGGAAACGAGCAAGAGCACGUCGACGCACACGAAUUUCAUCAGCCGUGCAAGACGACACAGAACACAAUAGGACGCGAGUUUAAGUAUAUAAAUCAGAAAGCG